CCCUCUGUAUGCCAGCUGUUACCAUUACGGAGACCUUGCCCCCAGGGGUUAAGUAGGAGAAAACCUCUCCUGUCCUAUAGGAGAGCAAACUCGGAAAGUUCCAGCCCCUAACAUGCCUAAUUCAAAGCAAUCUGCAUGUGCUUGUCAUUCGGUCUGUCCUGCUGCUCCGAGGAGCUGCUCCUGCGACUCUCUGGUCGCCCUCUGCUGUGCUGUGUCCCUGCGGCCACUUUCGGCUGUUGCUACUGUAGUCACUUGCAGACCAAACCGAACCAGGAACGCUGCUUCUCUUACCAGAAAGGGUCAGGAAACUGGAGCAUGGCUAUGAGCAACGGAAACAGCGAUUUUAUGGUUCUGAGCAAUGGCAGCAUCGCAACCAGUGCUACCACCCCUUCUCCCCUCACCCCCGGUGAUGGAGACCCUGCAGCCCAGCAGCUCGCACCCAAAGAAGCACCCAGAACAAAAGUGAGUCCAAAUGGAUGCCUGCAAGUUAAUGGCACAGUUAAAUCAUCCUUUCUGCCUUUAGACAACCAAAGAACGCCUCCGGUGUUACCCCAGUGCUGCCAUCCUUGCCCAUACCAUCACCCUUUGACUUCCCAUGACAGUCACCAAGAGUGCCAUCCCGAGGCUGGCCCCGCAGCACCUCCUGCUUUGGCCUCGUGUUGCAUGCAGCCACACUCAGAGUACUCUGCAUCUCUCUGUCCAAACCAUUCACCUGUUUAUCAGACAACGUGCUGUCUUCAGCCCUCUCCAUCCUUCUGCCUGCAUCAUCCGUGGCCUGACCAUUUUCAGCAUCAGCAUGUGCCGCAGCACAUAGCCAACAUCAGGAGGAGAGAAGAAUGUAUCAGGAAAAGGGAAUUAAUGAAACUGCUUACUGAUGGUGUGAAGGCUAUUAAAAUGCAAAUGAAGUAUUAUUUGACCUGUUUAUCCAUUGACUUCUUAGUCAGUUAA